AUGGGAGAGAUCCAGGGGAAGAGGGAGGGAGAGAACCAGGGGGCGAGGGAAGAGAGAUCAAGAGGAAGAGGGAGGGAGAGAACUAGUGGGCGAGGGAAGAGAGAUCCAGGGGGCGAAGGAGGGAGAGAUCCAGGGGAAGAGGGAGGCAGAGAUCCAGGGGAAGAGGGAAGGAGAGAUUCAGGGAAAGAGGGAGGGAGAGAUCUAGGGGGUGAGAUCCAGGGGAAGAGGGAGGGAGAGAUCCAGGGUGCGAGGCAGGGUGAGAUCCAGGGGGCGAGGGUAGGACAGAUCCAGGGGGCGAGGGAAGGACAGAUCCAGGGUGCGAGGCAGGGUGAGAUUCAGGUGGCGAGGGAGGAGAGAUCCAGGGAAAGAGGGAGGAGGGAUCCAGGGGAAGAGGGAAGGAGAGAUCCAGGGGAAGAAGGAAGGGAGGGAGAGAUCCAGGGUGCGAGGCAGGGUGAGAUCCAGGGGGCAAGGGUAGGACAGAUCCAGGGUGCAAUGGAGGAGAGAUCCAGGUGGCGAGAGAGGAGAGAUCCAGGGGGCGAGGGAGGAGAGAUCCAGGUGGCGAGAGAGGAGAGAUCCAGGGGAAGAGGGAGGAGGGAUCCAGGGGAAGAGGGAAGGAGAGAUCCAGGGGGCGAGGCAGGGUGA